GAAAUGCAUACAAAGCUGUUUAAUAUAUUUGAAAUCAGAAUGAUUUUAGGAAAAAAAUAAGAACGCUCUCACGCUUUUCGGAUCAAGAUUUACACAUGGCAUUCUUCACAGAUUUUACCGAAACAAUAUCUUAUGACGAAAAGAUUACUCAAUGAAACUGAAAGAAGAGGAAGAAAAUUCGAAGUACGAAGUGAAAAAUAUUUAUCAUCAAACAUUGUUGAAAUCUGCAACGAAGUUGAAUGAAAGCUGUAAAAAUUAUUGAAAGCGAGACAAAAGAAUUAGUUAGAUUUCUGAAACAUGAACCUAUUACCAUAUAAUGCUGAACAAAUGUCUAAAGAAGAAGAAGACAAGGCUUUAACUGCUAUUAAUGAAUCUGAACUUUUAAGGAAAGCCUGUAUGGAAACGCUUAAAUACAUGCUUAAAGCUAAAGGAUUCAAACCAUUUCCUGAUGAGGAAUUUCUCUUAGCGCAUUUACGAGGGACUGAAUUUGACUGCGACAGAGCAGCAUACAAGCUUCUAACUUACAACGAAAUGAUAAGGAAUUCUCCUGAAUACUUUGAAACGAGUGUUUUGGAUGCAUUGACAAAAUCACACCUUAAUCCAUUGCUAGUGUCACCCAUUAGAAUGAAAGACAACAGUCUCCUACUAAUAUCACGAUAUUUUGAAAUCGAUGUAGCUGAGUUACCUCUACCGGAAAAAGUAUACCUGGAUGUGAUUUCUGGCUUUGACUUAAUGCAAAAUCCGGUCACUCAAAUUUGUGGAAUUACUGUUCUAGCGGAUGCUGUUGAUUUCACAUUUUCUAAAAUUCCCCAAUACACUGACUACAAGUGGAUUACGAUAGGUGCAUGCGUACUAUUGAAUUCUGCUGUGAGGAUAAAGAAAAUACACGUCGUAAAUGUGUCUGAAGCAUUUAUAUCUGUAUACAACGCAUUGAUUCCACUCAUGCCUAAGAAAAUGGUUGAUGUGCUUCAGUUUCAUUCUGACAGCACUGAGUUUAAGGAUCUUCAUGAGUUCAUACCUCCUGAAAUUCUUCCUGAAAACUACGGAGGAUGUUUAAAAGAAUGUGAGCUUAUAAGGUGCAAUGAUAAUAUACUACAAAAGGAAGAUUUCUUCAGAAAAUAUUUUCCUCUUUAGCAAACGAAACAAAAAUAUAAGGAAUAAAAAAUGGUAUAUAAAUGUCACUGUGUAUUUCUUAAUUU